CAGUGUUUAAGUACACGUUCAGUCCAAGUCUACUAACAACUGCGGAAGAAGCGGUUGUGUCGAUUUGCAGCGUACUUGUGACUCAUGUGAUACCUAUAGUGAUCUACGUAUUAACGCGUUUUUAAAAACAUAGCAUUUAGUAGUGAAUAAUUUAUUAAGUGACUUAAUAGCAAUAGCGAUUAUAAAUCGCUAAAAAUGAGUGUAACUGAGAUAAAAAGCGGACCAAUCCCGUUUAAAAUACGAUUGUUGAGUACAUUACGUUCGAUUUUAGAUUUUAUUGGUACCAUAUUCUUUAAAUUAUACUAUGGAACAGACGGAAAGAGAGUUCCACCGAUUACAGACGAUAUUUUAAGACAACCUGCUGUAGAAGUAGCUAGAAAAAUAAGGAACAAACAGAUAACAAGCGUCGAAGUCGUUGAAACCUGUAUACGACGAAUAAAAGACAUAAAUCCUGUAGUUAACUGUUUUGUCGAAAACCGUUUUGAAUUAGCUUUACAAGAAGCGAACAAAGCUGACGAAAUUAUUAGAACCGGUUCUAAAACUGCGGAACAGUUGCUUCAAGAGAAGCCAUUUUUGGGCGUUCCAUUUACAACUAAAGAUUGUAUUGCCGUCAAAGGUCUCCAUCAAACGGCAGGAGUAGUUUCAAGAAAGGACUUUAUAGCAGAAGAAGACGCCAAGGUUAUUUCACUGUUACGAGAAAGUGGUGCUAUAAUUAUUGGAUUAACUAAUGUUCCUGAACUUUGCAUGUGGUGGGAAACUUACAAUAACAUUCACGGCAGAACUAGUAACCCUUACAACAAUACACGAAUUGUUGGCGGAUCAUCAGGAGGUGAAGGAUGCAUACAAGCUGCAGCGGGCAGUUGCUUUGGAAUCGGUUCCGACAUUGGUGGAUCUAUUCGUAUGCCAUCUUAUUUUAAUGGAAUAUUUGGACAUAAACCAUCAAGAAAAACAGUUUCUAAUCAUGGACAAUAUCCCCGUGGAGCCACGGAAUUACAAGACGAUUUUCUAUGUAUCGGACCAAUGACGAAACAUGCAAUUGAUUUAAAACCUAUUCUCAAGAUUAUAUCUGGAGAAAACUUCAAGACAUUGAAAUUGGACGAGCCUGUCGAUAUCGGAAAAAUAAAAAUUUUCUACCAGUUUAAUAACAAUGCUCCAAUGGUAGGCAAAGUGGAUCCAGAAAUUAUUACUGCAAUGGAAAAAGUAAUUGAAUACUUCGAGUUAAAAUAUAAAAUAAUGGGUACGGAGAAAAAAAUUAAACUCCUUGAAAGAUCUUCCCCAAUAUGGUUCGGCACUAUGAAAAGUCCCAUACCAUUUGGGUCAUACAUUAUACCAGAUUACAGCUACUGUAAAAUAUACCGAGAAAUAGUAAAAAGUUUAUUAGGUCUAUCGGGGAACACUUUAAUUGGACUAUUUACUGCUUUGCUUGACAGUAAAAGUGUAGAUUUGAAUAGUGAGAAAUAUAAAAAUUUCAGAAGACUUCGUGACAAUUUAGAAGAAAUUUUCAAAGAAAUGUUAGGAGAUAAUGGUAUAUUUAUUUAUCCCGCGCAUCCAACACCAGCGCCAUACCACAAUCAACCCAUGUUGAGACCUAUGAACUUUAUGUACACGGCUAUUAUAAACAGUCUCGGUUUUCCUGCAACAACUGUUCCUUUAGGACUAAGCAGUGAUGGACUUCCUAUUGGAAUACAAGUAAUAGCUAAUCAUAACAAUGAUAGACUGUGUUUAGCUGUUGCUGAGGAAUUAGAAAAAGCAUUUGGUGGAUGGAUUGAACCUUAAAAAUGAUAGAAUUUACAUUCAUAACUUUAGUAUGUUAAAUAAUAUUGGAUAGGGAUUUGUAAUAUAUUAUUCAAACAAA